GUCGGUGAUUGUGUUUUUUACGUGACGAUGGUUCGUGCACUCCGUAAGCGAAAUGGACGAUUUUUUGGCACGUGGCAACCUGAGUUGAAAGAGUUUCUCCCUUUGAUCGCGCGAGCAAAACUUUGUAACACUGCUUUUGUUGCGGCAUCAAAGUGAGCUCGCGUGCCGCGUUUGUUUGGGAGAGAAACACGCGGCUCGUGCACGAACAGCGAGUACAAUCUUGCAUACACAGUGCACACGUGAUGAGUUAACGUGUAAACCCUGAACGCAGCCAAAUCUCAGCUGAAACUCGGCCUCCAGCUCCGGACCGCGACUCUCCUCCUGCACCCGAACUGGGGUUUAUUCGGAACCGACUGAAGAGCAUCUGUUUUCCUCUGACUGAAUCAUCAGGCAGUUUAGGAAACAGAGAUGUAUGAAAAUGUGCCUGCAGCGGCUGAGCGGCAGCAGGUCCUCCAGGCCGUAGAGAGACUGCAGUCGAAGCUGACUCAGCGUGAGGAAUGGACUCACAGCGAAAGGCUGGGAGCGCUAAAGGAAGCACUACAGAGCCCUCUGCUCGGCCGCAUCCUCACCCUGCAGCACUCUCUGAAACAGCUGAAAGACCAGCUGAACUGUAUCCCUCCAGAUGCGUGUAGCGAGUUCGGUUUCUCCAAGAAGGGCCAGUUGAUUGUGAGCGCGAGUCGCCCCGGAAGCAGUCUGGGCUCUGUCGUGUCCAGCGGAACAGCCGUGUCUUCAGCCUCCUCUGAGCAGCUCCAGAGGUGGCUCCAUGUUAACGCAAAGGGAAGGACGUUGGAGUAUGUGAGCCUGCUGAGGCCGUUGACAGGAGGUCUAGGCUUUAGCGUGGUGGGGCUGAGACCAGGCGGAGUCGGUUCUCAUGGAGUUUUUGUCAAACAGGUGCAGUUUGGGAGCGUAGCAGACAGAGAUGGCCGGCUACAGGAGAAUGACCAGAUUCUGGCCAUCAAUGGGAUUCCCCUGGAUCAGAAUGUUACCCAACAGCAGGCGAUUGCUUAUCUUCAGCAGCAGAGGGACCGAGUGGAGCUCGUAGUGGCCAAAGAGUCUUUACUCAAGCCACACCUCCCUCCAUCUGGAUCCAUUCAGACAGAACAAUGGGCCCACGUGGAGGAGAUCGAGCUGAUGAACGACGGUUCGGGUCUCGGCUUCGGGAUUGUGGGUGGAAAGGCUGCCGGGGUUGUCGUACGCACUCUGGUACCGAACAGCGUUGCAGAUAAGGAUGGGCGAAUGAGGACUGGUGACCACAUCCUACGCAUCGGGGACACGCCCACGCAGGGGCUGACCAGUGAGCAGGUCGUACAGGCGCUGCAGGCUUGCGGUACCAGAGUUCGCAUGCUAAUCGCUCGGGACCCUGUGGGCAGCGCGCAACCUCCUCCACCACCCCCACACGCUCCUACUGCAGCCCCCGUUACCUCCAUGCUCCCUCCCAUACCAGCACGCAGGACCAGCAAGACGCUAAACCUUGAGGGCCAUGAGAUCCAUGAAGUUUUGCUGAAGAAGAAAGACGGUCAGAGUCUGGGAAUUUCGAUUGUCGGUUGCAACACAGCAAACUGCGAUGACGGAUUAGGUGUUUCUGUGAAGAGCAUCAUCCCUGGCAGCGCUGCCGAACAGUGCGGGAACAUCAUGGUCCAUGACCGAAUAAUAGCGCUAAACGGAGUUAACCUGCAGGGCUUCACCAGCCAGGAGGUCCUGGAUGUCAUGAGGCAGACGGGUCAGAACGUGAACCUCACUCUGGUCCGCAAGAUCACCUCGCCCUUGAAAUCUCCAGUGGAGAUCUCUCUGGACAAAGUGCAAAGAGAGCCGUCCCGGGUGUCUCUGAGGAGAUCUGCAGAGAUCAAGGUGCGAGCAGAUGUUCAGAUGGCCUCCAUGAUGGAGCCGGCGGACACGAGUCAGACCGCGAUCAAACAGCCGUCUUCUGCGAGAGUUCUAGAGCCAAUUCCACUGACCGAGAUGGAGUUACGGACCAAAUGGGAGCAGGCGCUCGGCCCUCAGUAUGACGUCAUGGUUGUUGAACUAGACCCAGUCAUUGAGGAUGAUGCUGAGCUGCAGAAAUAUUCUAAGUUGCUCCCAAUACACACCAUGCGUUUGGGUGUGGAGCUGGAUUCGUUCGAUGGUCACCACUACAUCUCUACUGUGGCCCCUGAUGGUCCUGUGGCCAAGCAUGGUCUACUGCGACCAGAGGAUGAACUACUGGAGGUAAAUGGAGUGCAGUUGUAUGGAAAGACUAGACGGGAGGCUGUGGCGUUCCUGCGAGAGGUUCCUCCACCGUUCACUCUUGUGUGCUGUAGACGCCUCACUGAAGAGGGCAUCGAAUACCAGCCUGACGACGAAUGGAGCUCCGACAGCCCUACAGCUAGCCUACAGGAGCAGACACAAGUGAUCCAGAACGAGGUUGCUGAGCAAAGAACAGCUCCGGAGCAGAGUUACGCCGAGAAGAAGGAGGAGGAAGUGGAGGAGGAGGAUGAGAAUAAGGAGAGUGGAGAUGAAGAGUUGGCUCUCUGGUCUCCAGAAGUGCAUGUGCUGGAGUUGGAAAAGAGCGAGCGUGGCCUCGGUUUCAGCAUUCUGGAUUACCAGGACCCUCUGGACACUACGCGCUUUGUGAUAGUCAUUCGCUCCCUGGUCGCCGGAGGUGUUGCAGAGAAUCACGGUGGCCUCCUGCCCGGAGAUCAGCUGGUCUUUGUUAAUGACACCUACCUGGACAUGUGCCCCCUGUCCCAGGCUGUAGAUGUCCUCAAGGCGGCACCACCAGGCAAAGUAUACCUGGGUAUCCGGAAACCUCUGGGGGCAGAUGAUAGCAACACUAUGGAGAAACCUAAAAACCUCAAGGAGCAAGAACAAACCCCCAGCCAUCCUCAGCUGCACAUGUCUAAGCAGGGCUUUGGGAACGAUGCUCUUCCUGAAGACAUUGAUGAUGAUGAUGAUGAUGAUCCAGAGCUCAUUCUGGAGAGCACGAUCCGUUACGUCAAACCUCGAAUCACUCCUGAGCUCUUGUCAGGUGAAGAGCGAGAGAUGGCUGUGGAUGAGGAGGAAGAUGAAGAUGAUGAGGAGGAAAGAAACGGGUUGAGAGGUGACAGUCCGUCGUUGUACCACAGGGAGCAGUCACCUUUCACAGAAGAGGAACCCAUGACCAACCCCUACCAGACCUUUACCAAAGCUGAGAUGCAGCAGGUGGAGGUGGACAUAGACAACGAUGUACCUGAAGAAGACUUUGGAUCCGAACUGGAGUCGAGCCUGAAUUUCCAUCAGCAUGCCCUCAGUCAGUCAACAAGGACAUGGUUGGAGUUAGCAGAGAGCGAGGUAGACUCGGAUUCCAGGAACGAAGGCUCCGAACUCACUCUGACCGACACGGACACGGAGUCGGCACAUCAGCCUUUGUAUGGUAGACGGAAGAAGAGAGGACAGGGGGCAUCAACGGGGCUGAUGAGAGAUGAACAGAGUGAUUUACCAGAGAGAGAGGAUGGAGAGGGAGAGGAAACACCCAUCUUCAGUCACUGGGGUCCCCCACGCAGAGUGGAGGUGUGGUUGGAUCCUGGUGAGUCUCUGGGCAUCAGCAUUGUCGGCGGAAGAUCAGUGAUAAAGCGCCUGAAGAACGGAGAAGAGCUGAAAGGCAUCUUCAUUAAACAGGUGCUUCCAGACAGCCCUGCAGGACGCACACGUGCACUCAAAACUGGAGACAAGAUCUUACAGGUGGCUGGUGUGGACCUGCAAAACGCCAGCCAUGAGGAGGCAGUGCAGGCCAUUAAAAAUUCUCAGAGCCCUGUGGAGUUCAUCGUGCAGAGCCUUUCCUCUACUCCGCGGCCUGUUUCAGUCACAGCCUCGAGUAUCGGACAGCACAAGGCCAAGAGGAAUGGUGAACUGAAACCGGAACAGCGGAUUGCGCCGCCACCCAUGCGCCUCCCUCCACCAUACAGACCCCCCAGCCUUGUGCAGGAAGAGGACGACGGCGAGGAGGACAGAGGCUAGAGCAGCCGACUGUUGUAUGAUUCCAGGGAUUCCUCAGUAGUGUUCUGUGGUUUGGGAGAAAACAUGAAGGAAGUCCUGUGUUUAUUUGUUUUUUUUUUCUUCCUAUUUAUUAUUUCUUAUCUCUAAAGUUAGGCAUCUGUGGAGGUUUUGGGCUCAGGUGAUGGGGCAUGGUUUGAGGUUUGGUGCUUUCGAAGCCGCACGUUGUAAAACGUUCAGAUAGAGUUCAGAUGAGUCGAAGAUCCGUUCAUAGCAUCUCUAUCUGGAACAUUCCACAACGUCUCUCUGCUUAUUCUGGCUCUGGUCCCUCAAUAGUCUGUCUUGGCAAAGUGGGUCAGUGUGGUGCAUUAGGGGUGUGUGUGUGUGUGAGUGAGGGAGAGUGGGUGUGUAUUACUUAUGUAUUUAUGGGGUUCUUUUCCCUGGUGUGUGAAGGCUCUGGUUGUGUUUUUCUCUCUGCACUUUCUUACCGUUUAGUUUCUGCCAUAUAUACAUUCACAAAAUCCCAAUUCCUAAAAUGUUGGGACUCUGUGUAAAAUGUAAAGAAAAAUAAGUUUGAAAUGAUUUGCAAAUCUCAUAAACUCAUAUUCUAUUCACAAUAAAAAAAAUCGAAUGUUUAAACUGAGAAUGUGUUUUAUUUUAAGGAAAAAAGUCAUUUUGAAUUUGAUGGUCUUUAAAUUAAUUACAUUCAAUUAAACCGUUGGAGAAACAUGAAUAUCUUUAGGGUCAGUAAUAUGACCGGGUAUAAAUAGUGUAUCUUCAAGAGGUACAGUCCCUCAGAAGUAAAGAUGGGCGGAGCUUUACCAAUCUGUGAAAGACUGUGUCUACAAACUUUGGAACAAUGUCAGAGUAAUGUUCCUCAACAUAUCAUUUUGGAAAAAUAUUUGAGCAAGAGAAUUCUAAUAGCAUGACUUCAUAGUAGAAGAGUCCGAGUGCUGAACUGACCUGCCUGCAGUCUAGACCUUUCACCGGUCUAGAAAAAUACAACAAAGGACACCCAGAACUGUUGAACAGCUAGAAUUCUGUAUCAGACACACAAGAUAUCAUUCUUCUCACAAAACUUCAGCAUCUGGUUCCCAGAUGUAUUUGGACAGAAGAUGUGAUGCUACACAGAGGUAAACAUGAUCUUGUCCCAACUUUUUUGAGACGUGUUUCAGCCAUUAAAUUCAGAAUGACAUACUUUUUUUAUUUGAAAUAGUACAUUUCCUCAGGGUAAACAUUUGAUAUGUUUUCCAUGUUUUAGCGUGAAAAAAAAAAUGGGUUUAUGGGAUUUGCAAAUCUUUGCAUUCUAUAUUUAUUUAUACAAUAUGUAAUACACACACUCACACACACACACACACACACACACACAGUGUGCAGAACCAAGCCACUGUUUCACACCCGGGUUUCUCAGUUCCGACCAUCUCAGUCUUUCCUUCACUAUUUUUCCCUGAAAUCCUGUUUAUAUUUUGUGUGAAACCUUCUGAAUGUCAAUUUUCCCAUUGGGUGUAUUUAUUUUUGCAGAGUAGUGAAUCUCUCUGUAAUAAACAUUUCUAGAUUUUGA